AUGCAUUUCAGCAGUGCUAAAGAAGUGGUCAAGGCAAACAUUUGUGGAGCCCCAGACAUUCUCAGAACGAUCCGGAACAACCCCCAUCUGGGCUUCCUUUACAGCAAAUCAGAAAUGCCGAGGUCUACAAAUGAGUACAACCCAUAUAAACACAAGACUGUAUUGUUUAAGGAUGUCGACAUGCAGGAUUAUACCACCAUCAGUCCACAUGGCGUGAUGACAGUGGUCAAUUAUGAAAAUGAAUUUGUGCCCCUGGAUCGCUGGGAGCAUGAGUACCACUGCUAUAACAGGCUUUGCAGCAUCCCUUACUUUGCUCUGUCCAGGAAAAGGAAUGCUUUCCACAUUUGGCGCACAAAUGUUCGCUCCAAAAAGUUUGGCAUGAACAAGGAUUCCCUGCAGGAGCAUUUGUUUAUUGUCAAUGAGUCUCUACGUCCUGUGCUGAUUGACAUCAAGGCAAUGUGCAGUCGGAUCAACGAGUUAGACCUGUGUGAUGUGGAGAAAAAUCACACCUACACACUGGAGGAGUUUCAGGAAGCCCAAGGCAAACAUCUUAAGGAGGUGUCAGCCCGCCUGGUGGACUUUCGGGACCUUGUGAAAGAGUUGGCCAUGUGUGCAUGUCGCACUGUCAUGCUGGAAGCUGGAUACAUACCUGAUUACCAGAACCUAGCUGACCCAAAGAAACCACAAAAGUUGAGCUGUAUGGCGAAGAUCCUCAAGAAAAACCUUUGUAGACGCCUCAGCUGCUUUGUUCGCCUGGCUGACUACAUGGUUGUUGACACCAUGCACAUCCUAAUGGUGAACUCACUGGCUAAGCUGAUGUCUGUCCUCCAGGAACAUGUAAGCCACACACCCAGCCACCUUGUCAUCCAGAGCUGGGGUCAGCCUGAGGCAACCACUGACCGUAUGGAGGAAGCGAACAACAGGAAGUCCCUCAGCUCAGAUAGCUCCCCUGUUGUACCAAUGUUUGUGUCUGAGCUCAUACUGGAUAUGCAUGCUCUCAGUUAUCAACCCUCGGAGGACAACUUUAAGGACACGAUAGAGGAGUUCAUCCUGCAGUUCCAGGAGACAGUGUUGUCGGUUCAUCCACUUGUGUCAGAUCCUUAUUUUGACCCAUUCACUCAGCCUAUUAUCUUCAAAAAGGCAGAGGAGAAGACAUGUGGAGAUGGUCCCUGUCUGGAAUCAGUGCUAAAUAAUGAUAAUCAACUUCAGAACAUUAUCCGAAACAUUAAGCAGUCAUUCCAGUUCGCCUUUGACUCGGCUCAAGUUUACGCUCACAUUUUUGAGCAUUUCCGACUGUUCUACAAGGAGAAUGAGAGUCUGGAUUUGGACAUGUUGCGACAGCAAGAUCACGGUGUGUCGUUUUUUGGAGACAACUUGGAGAAAUACCACCGUGAAUAUAAAGAGGCUCUGUCCAUUGCAGACAAGAGACACCUAGGCCUGCUGUUGGUGGACACAACGCAGCUUAAAAGCAAGCUCACCCCGUCCCCCCUACGCUGUCUGGAGACCAUCAAUGACAUACUUCCCUUACUGGCUAAGAGGAAGUUGGAUGCCAUAAUCACUGAGGCACAAGAUGCCCAGUUAAAACUGGAGUCCACCCCCUCUUCUACCACUGAAUAUAUCGACUCCCUCACCUUUCUGGAUGAGAUACAGGAGAGGACUGAGGUGCUCCAAGAACAGCAGGAGACAGUAUGCCAAAUGUACAAGCUGAUUGAAAUGUACUCCGUGCCCACACCACUGGAGGACAUUGUGAUGUUUUCCACCCUACGGUCAUCUGUCACCUCUGUACAAAACGUCAUUGAAAAGGCUGUGAAUGAGAGGGAUUCUAACAUCAACAAGUUCUGCACCUCGCUGCAGAGUGACAUCGAGAAGCUGAACAGCGAAGUCAGUGAAGUCAUGCAAAAGGCAAAGGACAGUCAGAUCUUGGACAUAAAUGUGGACCGCUCCAAAUUGCGUCUUCUGUUGGGAGAGAUCCAAAUUUCCAUAGAUGAGCUGCAGGCACAGGCCUCCACCUAUAACUUCUACCAGAAGAAUUUCAAGGUGGAAGUAACUAAGUUUGAAGCCCUGGAGGAGCUGAAUGCAGAGGUCAGGCUCAAACAGCUGCUGUGGGACUCUCUAGAGGACUGGGACUCCAUACACAAUGUCUGGAUGCAGAGCACGUUCAAGCGGUUGGACCCAGAGCAGCUUAGUUCACAAGUCAACAAAUAUGCAAAGUACGUUAACCAGCUAGAAAAGGGCCUGCCACAAAAUUAUGUGGUGGCUUGCCUCAAGCACAAAGUGGAAGCCAUGAGGGAGAAGCUGCCCGUAGUCACACACCUACAUAAUCCAUUCCUGAAGCCUCGACACUGGAAGAUCUUGGAGGCUAUUGUAGAGGCCAAUCUAUCCACAGACUCACUCAGUCUGUCCAGGCUGGAUGAGCUGAACAUCUUCUCCUAUGACAUGGAAAUACAGGAGGUGUCUGGCCAGGCUUCAGGAGAGGCUUCACUGGAGACUAUAAUCAAAAAGGUGGAGGACUUGUGGCUAACCACUGAGUUUUCUGUGCUGCCUCAUCACGAGUCCAAAGAUGUCUUCAUUCUUGGGGGCACCGAUGAUAUUCAGGUUCUCCUGGAUGACAGCAUCAUUAAUGUGGCAGCAGUGGCCGCUUCUCGCUAUGUAAAUCCAAUCAAGGCCAAGGUGGAUGAUUGGCAGGGAAGGCUGACCCUUUUCAACCAGACAUUGGAGGAGUGGCUGACAUGUCAGAAGAACUGGCUUUACCUAGAGAGUAUCUUCUCUGCCCCAGACAUCCAGAGGGAGCUGCCUGAUGAAGCCAAUUUGUUUCAGGAGGUGGACAUGUCCUGGAAGGCGAUUAUGAGGAAGGUCCACCUGCUUCCCAAUGCCAUGAGAGCUGCCACACAACCAGGUCUGCUAAAGAACUUUCAGAAAUACAACGCUCUGUUGGACCAGAUCCAGAAGUGUCUUGAAGCCUACUUGGAGUCCAAGAGAGUCAUCUUUCCCAGGUUCUACUUCUUAUCCAAUGAUGAGCUGUUGGAGAUCUUGUCCCAGACAAGAAAACCCCAGGCGGUGCAGCCCCACCUCAGGAAGUGCUUUGACGCUAUCACACACCUAGACUUUGCCCUACAAUCUCCUCUGGUUCCUGAGGCUAAAGGAGCUCUGCUGGAGCCUGGCAAGUUGGAAACGGUCUACAGUAACGACAUCCUCGCUAUGGUCUCCCCUGAGGGAGAAAAGGUUGAUCUAACUAAAGGUCUGAGGGCGCAAGGUAAUGUAGAGGACUGGCUUGGUAAGGUGGAGGAGGCCAUGUUUGCCUCUCUGCGAAGACUUAGCAAGGUUGCCAUCACAGACUAUCAGGACAAGUCUCGGGAGGAGUGGGUGGUUGCUGGACACCCUUCACAGGUGGUGCUGACCGUCUCCCAGUUGAUGUGGUGCAGGGACUUGGACAAUUGUCUCGAGGGGGACCAUGACCACUCUGCAGCACUGCAGGAGUUUGAGUCCACCAGUGUUGAAAGGCUGAAUGCCCUGGCAGCCUUGGUGCGAGGACAUCUCCCCACUCUGCACCGUAACAUCAUCACUGCCCUUAUCACCAUUGACGUCCACGCCAGAGACAUUGUUGCUGACCUUGUCCACCAGCAGGUUGAUUCCCGCUCUAACUUUGAGUGGCAGAGACAGCUGCGCUAUUACUGGGAUCUGGACUUGGACAAUUGUGUAGCCACCAUGGCACUGUCCACAUACGUCUAUGGAUACGAAUACCUCGGUGCAUGCCCUAGACUGGUCAUCACACCGCUCACGGAUCGUUGCUAUUUGUGUCUGAUGGGGGCUCUCCAGCUGGACCUCGGUGGGGCCCCAGCGGGGCCAGCUGGUACAGGCAAGACGGAGACAACCAAGGACCUGGCUAAGGCCCUGGCCAUCCAGUGUGUGGUCUUCAACUGCUCUGAUGGACUCGACUAUAAGAUGAUGGGGCGCUUCUUCAGUGGUCUGGCCCAGUCAGGAGCUUGGUGUUGUUUUGAUGAGUUUAACCGCAUUGACAUCGAAGUGUUGUCUGUCAUUGCUCAGCAGCUCAUCACAAUACGAAACGCCAAAGCAGCUAAGCUGUCCCAGUUCAUGUUUGAGGGCCGAGAAGUUAAGCUGGUGAUGACAUGUGCAGCUUUCAUCACUAUGAACCCAGGUUAUGCUGGCAGGACAGAGCUGCCCGACAACCUCAAGGCUCUGUUCAGACCAAUAGCCAUGAUGGUGCCCAACUACGCACUCAUUGCGGAGGUGAUACUGUACUCAGAGGGCUUUGAGUCCAGUAAGACGCUGGCAAGGAAGAUGACCCAGAUGUACAAGCUGUGCUCUGAGCAGCUCUCCCAGCAGGACCAUUAUGACUUUGGCAUGAGGGCUGUCAAGUCUGUCCUGGUCAUGGCUGGGUCUCUAAAAAGAGAGAACCCCAAACUCAGUGAGGAUGUGGUCCUUAUCAGAGCCCUGAGGGACUCUAACCUUCCCAAGUUUCUGACCAAUGAUGCUGUGCUGUUUGGAGGUAUUCUAUCAGACCUGUUUCCUGAUGUGUCUAUCCCGGAGCAUGACUACGGUGUGUUACACUCUACCAUACUUGAAUCCCUCGUCAAGCGUAACCUCCAACCUCUGGCCAGCAUGACCAAUAAGGUGAUCCAACUAUAUGAGACCAUGAUAGUGCGGCAUGGUGUAAUGUUGGUGGGGCCCACAGGUGGAGGAAAGACCACUGUCUAUACCAUCUUGGCAGACACUCUGGAGAUGCUCCACCGAACAGGACAUGGAGCCAAAAACUCUUUCUUCCAGCCGGUCAAAACCUGCGUCCUCAACCCCAAGUCUGUCACCAUGGGGGAGCUCUAUGGAGAGGUUAACACACAAACUCUUGAAUGGCGUGACGGCCUGAUGGCGCUGAGUGUGCGUGCGGCGGUCAAUGACACCAGUAACAACCACAAGUGGAUCAUCAGUGAUGGGCCAGUGGAUGCGCUGUGGAUCGAAAACAUGAACACCGUUCUGGAUGAUAACAAGAUGCUUUGUCUGGCCAACAGCGAGCGAAUUAAACUCACCCCAUCCAUACACAUGGUGUUUGAGGUCCAAGACUUGGUGGUGGCCUCCCCAGCUACGGUCAGUCGCUGUGGAAUGGUUUAUAUUGACCCAGAAGAGCUCAAGUGGAUGCCCUAUGUCCAAACAUGGAUCAGUAGUCUUGGCAAAAUGUUCCCAGACUCAGUGCGUGUAUACCUACUGAAGCUGUUUGAGCAGUAUGUGGAGGAUGGUCUUCAGUUCGUGUUGAAGUGCUGUGCCCAGGCCAUGGGCCAGGUGGACAUUAGUAAAGUUACUACGCUGUGCUGUCUGCUAGAGUCGCUGCUGCUAGCAAAGGAAGGGCCAGACCUUACCAUGGAUCCCAAGAGUCUGACCAGUGUGGUGUGUCAGACCUUUGUGUUUUGCUAUCUGUGGGCAGUGGGGGGCAACCUGACUGAUUCACACUGGGAUGCCUUUGACAGCUUCAUCAGACAGCAGUUCAAAGACCACCCUGAUGUUAAGCUGCCCAGUUCUGGAGAUCUGUGGGGUGUCUACAUGAACUUUAACAAUAAGCGUCUGGAACCAUGGGAGAAGAUAAUCCCUUCUUUCCAAUACAACAAAGAUCUGCCCUUCUUUGAGAUGCUGGUUCCCACCACUGACACCGUCCGUUACGGUUACCUGAUGGAGAAACUGCUGUCCGUACAACACUCUGUUCUCUUCACUGGCAUCACAGGAGUAGGAAAGUCAGUAGUGGCUCGAUCCCGGCUAAACAGUAUCCAGGAAGAAGCGAACUAUCUCCCUGUCUACAUUAACUUCUCUGCCCAGACCUCCUCAGCUCGCACACAGGAGAUUAUUGAGUCCAAACUGGAGAAAAAGAGGAGGAAUGUUCUAGGUGCUCCUUGUAACAAGAAGAUAAUUGCCUUUGUAGAUGAUCUGAACAUGCCCAAGUUGGACAGCUAUGGCUCUCAGCCCCCUAUUGAGCUGCUGCGCCAGUUCCAGGAUUUCUCAGGAUUUUACGACCGAGACAAAUUCUUCUGGAAAGAGAUCCAGGAUAUGACCAUAGCAGCAGCCUGUGCUCCCCCAGGCGGGGGGCGCAACCCAGUAACUGCCCGAUUUAUUCGUCACUUCAGUAUACUGUGUCUGCCGACACCCUCAGAACACAGCCUUAAACAGAUCUUCAAGGCUAUCCUAUGUGGUUUCCUCAACGAGUUUCCCAAAGUAGUCAAAGACUGUGCGGGAAGUAUCAUGAGUGCAGCUGUGGAGAUCUACCACCGCAUGAGCAUUGAUCUGCUGCCCACUCCAGCCAAGUCCCACUAUGUCUUCAACCUUCGUGACCUCUCCAAGUGUGUCCAGGGUUUGCUGCAGUGUGAUCCAUGCACAGUGAGGGACCGAACCCAGAUCUUUCGUCUCUUCUGCCAUGAAUGUUAUCGGGUGUUCCAUGACAGGCUCAUUAACAACCACGACAAGACUUAUUUCAACACUAUCAUGUCUGAGAUGGCCUGCAAACACUUUGGCUUGAAGUUGGAACCUGCCUAUUUUUCCAACAAUCCUAUCAUAUUUGGAGACUUCAUUAAGGUGGGGGCAGGGAAAACAGAUCGUGUAUAUGAGGACCUGACAGACAUGGACAAGAUCCAGGCAGUUCUCCAGGAGUACCUUGAUGAUUAUAACAUGUCUUUUUCAAAGGAAACCAAGCUGGUCUUUUUCCAGGAUGCCAUAGAGCAUGUGUCCAGGAUAGCCCGUAUGAUCCGCCAGGAGAGAGGCAAUGCCUUACUGGUGGGGGUGGGAGGCACAGGCAAACAGUCACUCACUCGUUUGGCGGCCCACAUGUGCGGCUACUGCUGCUUCCAGAUUGAGCUGAGCAGGGGCUACAACUACGACAGCUUCCAUGAGGACCUGAGGAAGCUCUACAAGAUGGCCGGUGUGGAGGCCAAAGAUGUGGUGUUCCUCUUCACUGAUACUCAGAUUGUGGUAGAUGGGUUUUUGGAGGAUAUUAACAAUAUGUUGAACUCUGGAGAGGUGCCAAGUCUGUUUGAAAAGGAUGAGCUCGAGGAAGUACUGGCUGCCACCCGACCCAAAGCCAAAGAAGCUGGGAUUGACGAGGGAAAUAGAGACGAGAUAUACCAGUUCUUUAUUUCCCGUGUGCGGGAGAAACUACACAUCGUGCUGUGUAUGAGCCCCGUAGGUGACACCUUCAGGUCCCGCUGUCGAAUGUUCCCCUCCCUGGUCAACUGCUGUACCAUUGAUUGGUUUGUACAGUGGCCCCGCGAGGCCCUCCUCGCAGUCUCUCAGACCUUCUUCCAGAAUGUGGACUUUGGCAGUGAGGAGCUGAGGCAGAGCUUCUCGGCCAUGUGCGUGGAGAUCCACAUCAGUGUCACUGACAUGGCCGAUCGCUUCUACUCAGAGCUCAGACGCCGUUACUACACCACACCCUCCUCCUACCUGGAGCUCAUCAACCUCUACCUGGCCAUGCUCGGGGAGAAGAGACAGCAGCUAGUUGCUGCCAGAGAUCGUGUCAAGAACGGUUUGACCAAGCUGUUGGAGACCAACGUGCUUGUGGACAAGAUGAAGGUGGAUCUGUCAGCCCUAGAGCCAGUCCUAAAACAGAAAUCCAUUGACGUUGAUGCCCUCAUGGAGAAACUGUCUGUGGACCAGGAAAACGCUGACAAGGUUCGUAAAGUGGUAAAAGAUGAUGAAGCUAUGGCCAAAGUGAAGGCAGAAGACACCCAGGCCAUAGCUGAUGACGCCCAGAGGAACCUGGAUGAGGCUCUGCCAGCCCUGGACAGUGCCAACAAGGCCCUGGACUCCUUGGACAAGGCCGAAAUCUCCGAGAUCAGGGUGUUCACCAAACCCCCAGACCUUGUCAUGACAGUCAUGGAGGCUGUUUGCAUCUUGCUCAAUUCCAAACCCGACUGGCUCAGUGCUAAGAAGUUGCUUGGGGACUCCAACUUUCUCAAGCAUCUGAUGGAAUAUGACAAGGACAAUAUCAAGCCUCAGACCCUGCAGAAGCUGCAGAAAUAUGUCAACAACCCUGAUUUUGUACCUGAGAAGGUGGAGAAGGUAUCCAAGGCCUGCAGGUCAAUGUGCAUGUGGGUCAGAGCCAUUGAUCUCUACUCAAAAGUUCUUAAAGAUGUUGGCCCAAAAAGAGAGAAACUGGCUACUGCACAGGCAGAGCUUGAUGUGACAAUGGCAACUCUGAGUGAGAAGCAGCAGCAGCUUCAGGAGGUAGACGAUCACAUACUGAUCCUCCAGGAGCAGUUUGACAGUAGUGUGGCUGAGAAGGAGGCACUUGCCAAGACCAUGGCUCUGACAGAGGCUCGGCUAGGCAGGGCAGGGAAGCUGACUUCAGCACUGGGUGAUGAGCAGAUUCGCUGGGAGGAGAGUGUAGUCCUAUUUGAGCAGGAGAUCAACAAUGUCAUGGGGAAUGUCUUCAUUGCAGCCGCCUGUGUGGCCUACUACGGAGCCUUCACCUCCCACUACAGACAGCUGCUGAUUGACCAAUGGAUGAAGCGGUGCCAGGAGCUUGCCAUUCCCAUCAGUGCCAGCUUCAGCCUGGUCAACAUCUUAGGCAACCCCUAUGUCAUCCGCCAGUGGAACACUGAGGGUCUACCCCGUGACACCAUCUCCACAGAGAAUGGCAUCCUAGUUACCCGGGGCCGCCGCUGGCCUCUUAUGAUCGAUCCACAGGAUCAGGCUAACCGUUGGAUCCGAUCUAAAGAGACCAAGCACGGUCUAAAAGUGAUCAAGCUUACAGACAUCAACUUCCUGCACACACUAGAAAAUGCCAUUCGCAUGGGGAUGCCUGUAUUGCUUGAGGAGCUGAAGGAGACCCUAGAUCCAGUUCUUGAGCCCAUCCUGCUGAAGCAGACAUUUGUGUCAGGUGGGCGCACAUUGAUACGCCUGGGAGACUCAGACAUUGACUAUGACAAGAACUUCAGGUUUUACAUGAUCACCAAGAUGGCAAACCCACACUAUCUCCCUGAGGUGUGUAUCAAAGUGACCAUCAUCAACUUCACAGUGACCGAGUCUGGCCUGGAGGAUCAGCUUCUUAGCGAUGUGGUGCGCCUUGAACGCCCAGACCUGGAGGAACAAAGGAAUCAGCUGAUUGUGCAGAUUAAUGCCGACCACAACCAGCUAAAGGACAUCGAAGACCGCAUCCUCAAGCUCCUCUUUGCCUCUGAGGGUAACAUCCUGGACAAAGAGGAGUUGGUUCAGACCCUGCAAGAGUCAAAGGUGACAUCAGCGGCCAUUAAGCAUCGUCUGGAGGAGGCCGAGACCACUGAGUUGAAGAUCAAUGCAGCAAGGGAACGCUAUAGACCAGUGGCCACCCGUGGCUCCAUCAUGUACUUUGUCAUUGCUGGCCUCUCUGAGAUCGACCCCAUGUACCAAUUUUCCCUCAAGUAUUUCAAGCAGCUCUUCAAUUCAACCAUUGAGACAUCAGAGAAGAGCGAGGUGUUAGAGAAGCGUCUACAGACCCUGCUGAAUCAGACCCUGCUCACCUCAUACACCAACGUGUCGCGGGGUCUCUUUGAGCAGCACAAGAUCAUCUACAGCUUCCUGUUGUGCGUGGAGAUCAUGAGGCAGCGCAGAGAGGUCUCCAACAUUGAAUGGCAGCAUUUCAUAAGAGGGGCUGCCCCCUUGGAUAAGGAGCACACAGAGCAACCAGAUGUGCCAUGGCUGAGUGACUUCUUCUGGCAGACCUGCUGUGAGCUGGAGGACACACUGCCCUGCUUCAAUGGCAUCAGCAAGGAGAUCAUCAAAACCCAGAUCCAUGUCAAACUAGGGCGCCUGCAGGUAUGCAUCAACCCAGAGGGCUGGGAAGGUUAUAUGUCAGAGCCAAGUCCCGCAGUGAUGGAGACCACAAAGAGGGAGGAGAACAGGAUCAGGGGCCACUGGGAUGAAAGGCUAGGGUCUUUCCAGAAACUAGUCCUUAUCAAGAGCUUCAUGGAAGAAAAGGUGGUGUUUGCUGUAACAGAGUUUGUGGUCGUCAACCUGGGGAAACAGUUUGUGGAAAACCCCCCAAUGGACCUGAGCACCCUCUACAAUGACACAUCCCCUUCCACCCCACUGCUCUUCAUCCUCAGCACUGGAUCUGACCCCAUGGGUGCUUUCCAGCGCUUUGCUAAAGAGCGAGGCUACAUUGACAGGGUUCAGUCCAUAUCUUUGGGUCAGGGGCAAGGGCCCAUUGCAGAGAAGAUGAUACGGGAAGCCCUGGAGAACGGCAGCUGGAUCUUCCUCCAGAACUGUCACCUGGCUGUCUCCUGGAUGUUAGCAAUGGAGGAACUCAUCAAGACUUUCACUGAGCCUGACACAUCCAUCCAUGAAAACUUCCGUCUGUUUCUCAGCUCCAUGCCCAGCAAAGUUUUCCCUGUCACCGUGCUCCAGAACUCUGUCAAGGUUACCAAUGAACCCCCCAAGGGCUUGCGGGCUAAUAUGCGGCGGGCCUUCAUGGAAAUCUCCAGUGACUUCUUUGAGGAGCACAUCUUGGGACAAGACUGGAGGAAGAUGGUGUUUGGAGUCUGCUUCUUCCAUGCCAUUAUUCAGGAGCGGAAGAAAUUUGGUCCGCUGGGCUGGAACAUCCGCUAUGAAUUCAAUGACAGUGACAGGGAAUGUGCUUUGCUCAACCUUAAGCUCUACUGCCGGGAACACACCAUCCCCUGGGAUGCACUGACUUACAUCACUGGUGAGAUCACCUAUGGAGGCAGAGUGACAGACGCCUGGGACCAGCGCUGCCUCAGGACCAUAUUAAAACGCUUUUUCUCUCCUCAAACACUGGAACCCGCCUACACCUACUCCAGCUCAGGCAUAUAUUACGCUCCAGAGAAGGACUGUCUUGAGCAAUAUAAGAAGUACAUUGAAGGCCUGCCCAUCAUCGAUAAUCCUGACAUCUUCGGCAUGCACGAGAAUGCAAGCCUAGCCUUGCAGCGGCAGGAAACUGUGACUUUGAUCAACACCAUCCUGGAGGUUCAGCCUCGAUCGUCAGCCCAUGCUGGAGCUAAAAGCAAUGACGAUAUUGUUCAGGAGUUGGCCGAUUCCAUUUUGUCUGCAAUUCCUGAGCAUCUGCAAAUGGAUGAGGCGGUGGAGACUCUGUUUGUCCGAGACGAACGUGGACGCCUCAACUCCCUCACGACUGUCCUAGACCAGGAGGUAGAACGCUUCAACAACCUUCUGAGGGUGCUCAGGAUGUCACUGAACACAUUGCGAAAGGCCAUAGAGGGUCUGGUGGUGAUGUCAGAAGAGAUGGAGCGAAUCUAUAACAGCUUCCUCAAUAACCAGGUGCCGUCGCACUGGGCCAGCUCUGCCUACCCCUCUCUCAAACCACUGGCCUCCUGGGUCCGAGACCUGGCCCUCAGGACCUCCUUCAUACAGAGCUGGAUCACCCGAGGUCAGCCUAAAUCGUUCUGGAUCUCAGGAUUCUUCUUCCCUCAAGGUUUUCUUACUGGGGCACUACAGAACCACUCGAGACGUUAUAACCUGCCCAUUGAUGAGCUCAACUUCCGCUUCAACAUGGUUCCGGCCUACAGGGACCAGGGAGCAGUUUAUGAAGCUGAACUCAACCUGCCAUCCCGCAGUGCUAAGAUGGACAUGGAUGAGGAGCUGCCAGAGCCAGAGGAUGGUGUGCUGGUGCAUGGCAUGUUCAUGGAUGCCAGCAGGUGGGAUGACGUCAACAUGGUGAUGGAGGACGCGUUGCCUAGGGUGAUGAACACCAUGCUUCCUGUUGUUCACUUUGAACCCCAGCAGAACUAUGUUCCAGAGCCUGAGCUCUACCCGGCUCCACUCUAUAAGACCUCAGCCAGGGCCGGGAUUCUUUCCACUACGGGUCACUCUACUAACUUUGUGGCGAUGGUGAUGCUUCCGUCCAAGCAGCCCAGCGACUACUGGAUCUCCAAAGCCUCUGCUCUGCUGUGCCAGCUUAGCGAGUGA